ACCCAAAAAACAAACCCCCCAUUAUUUAUAACCUUUUUCAUUUUUCAAAAUCUUUCAUACUUCAAUUCUUUCCAUCCCCAAAUCUUCUUCGAUAUCUUAUAUCAUAUACAUACACUUUUCAUCACCUAAUUAAUACAACUUCCAUAUAUAGUAAGUAGUAUAUAGUUUUAAGAUUUAUAAUCCUGAUCCAAGCUAGUUUAAUGCAAAUGCAAAAAAUGGGUGCCGGAGAUGGGCUGCCGGAAAUAAACCGACAUUCCGACACGGAGGUUUACGGUGCUGACAGGAAAGCAUUUAGUGGACCGUUAAACAAACGCGGUACACGUAAAAGUGCAAGGUUCAAUAUCCCCGAUGACGUCAGCAGUGCUAGUGGAAGUAUGAAUUCUAGAAACAAUAAUGAAGAUUAUGUAGAGAUCACGUUGGAUGUUGGUGAUGACACCGUGGCGGUUCACAGCGUGAAAACAGCUGGUGGAGCUGACGUGGAAGACCAGGAGUUGACUUUGUUGACUAGAGGGUUGGAGAAAAGGGCGUCGUUAGGGACGACGGUGGUUAGAAAUGCUUCGGCGAGAAUCAGACAAGUGUCGGAAGAGUUGAGGAAGCUUACGUCGUUUCAACGACGGCCUACGGCUGGUCCGUAUGACAGGACGAAGUCCGCCGCGACGCAUGCUUUGAAAGGAUUGAAGUUUAUUAGUAAAACCGAUGGGGCGGCCGCUUGGGCCGCCCUUGAAGCCCGGUUUGAUGAACUUACUAAAAACACCACCGGGUUACUUCCACGCGCACUUUUCGGAGAGUGCAUAGGGAUGAACAAAGAUUCAAAGGAUUUUGCGGGGGAAUUGUUUGAUGCACUUAGUCGAAGACGGAAUAUCACAGGUGACUUGAUAAACAAACAACAACUAAAAGAGUUUUGGGACCAAAUUGUUGAUCAAAGUUUUGAUUCAAGGCUUCAAACGUUCUUUGAUAUGGUUGAUAAAGAUGCCGAUGGCCGGAUCAGUGAAGAUGAAGUCCGAGAGAUUAUCACCUUGAGUGCUUCGGCAAACAAGUUAUCGAAUAUUCAAAAACAAGCAGAUGAGUAUGCGGCAUUGAUCAUGGAAGAAUUGGACCCAGACAAUCUCGGUUAUAUCAUGAUUGAAAACUUGGAGGCACUUCUGUUGCAAUCCCCUACACAAACAGUAAGAGGAGAAAGCAAAAAUCUAAGUGUAGCGUUGAGCAAAAAACUUAGAAAUGAGAGCGGUAGGAACAUUAUACAACGCGGUUAUGAUGGUUUGAAGUACUUUUUCGAUGAUAAUUGGCAAAGAAUUUGGGUGCUUACACUUUGGAUUGGAGUGAUGGCUGGUUUGUUUGCUUAUAAGUAUAUUCAGUAUAAGAAUCGGGCAGCCUAUGAUGUAAUGGGAGAGUGUGUUUGUAUUGCCAAAGGCGCAGCAGAGACACUUAAGUUAAACAUGGCUAUAAUUUUGUUACCUGUCUGCCGGAACACCAUCACUUGGCUUAGAAACAAGACAAAACUUGGUGUCGCGGUACCGUUUGAUGAUAAUCUGAACUUUCACAAAGUUAUUGCUGUUGGAAUCACAAUUGGAGUCGGCUUACACGCUAUAUCGCAUUUAGCAUGUGAUUUCCCUCGACUUCUUAGUGCAACAGAGGAGGAGUAUGAGCCAAUGGAACAAUAUUUUGGGGAGCAACCCGGUAGCUAUUGGCAUUUUGUGAAGGAACCUGCUGGAUGGACCGGGAUCGUAAUGAUUGUUCUAAUGGCAAUAGCUUUUACAUUGGCAACGCCAUGGCUAAGGCGUGGUAGACUCAACUUACCCAAACCUCUAAAAAGGUUUACAGGCUUUAAUGCCUUUUGGUACUCCCAUCACCUUUUUGUGAUCGUUUAUGCUAUGCUCAUAGUCCACAGUAUCAAAAUUUACCUCUCGAAGGAAUGGUACAAGAAAACGACUUGGAUGUACUUGGCGGUUCCAAUGUUGCUUUAUGCCUGCGAGAGAUUGACCAGGGCUUUAAGGUCUAGUGUCAAGCCAGUUACGAUGUUGAAGGUGGCUGUUUACCCUGGAAACGUGUUGGCACUUCACAUGUCGAAGCCCCAAGGAUUUAAAUACAAAAGUGGGCAAUACAUGUUUGUGAACUGCAAGGCGGUUUCCCCAUUCGAAUGGCAUCCAUUUUCAAUAACUUCUGCACCUGGAGAUGACUAUCUAAGUGUGCAUAUUCGAACACUUGGUGAUUGGACCAGGCAACUAAAAACCGUCUUCUCCCAGGUAUGUCAACCACCCGUUAAUGGCAAAAGUGGACUGCUAAGAGCCGAUUUCCAGGGGGACAACCCAAAUUUCCCAAAAGUACUAAUUGACGGGCCAUAUGGUGCACCGGCGCAAGACUACAAGAAAUACGAUGUGGUGUUGCUAGUGGGAUUAGGCAUUGGAGCAACCCCUAUGAUUAGUAUCGUCAAAGACAUCGUGAACAACAUGAAAACCAAACAAGAAGAAGAGGGGGCCUUGGAAAGUGGCGGCAACACCUCAUUGCCUCCACCUUCGCUGCUAUCAAAGAAGAACACCUCCAACAACUUCAACACAACAAAAGCUUACUUCUAUUGGGUCACAAGAGAACAAGGCUCAUUUGAGUGGUUCAAAGGUGUUAUGAAUGAGGUUGCAGAAACAGAUCAGGACGGUGUGAUAGAGAUGCAUAAUUAUUGCACAAGUGUUUAUGAAGAAGGUGAUGCUCGGUCUGCUUUGAUCACCAUGCUUCAGUCACUAAAUCAUGCCAAAAAUGGCGUCGACGUUGUCUCGGGUACUCGAGUCAAAUCUCAUUUUGCAAAGCCCAACUGGAGGAGCGUUUAUAAGCGUAUCGCUCUUACUCACACUGGUCAACGUAUUGGGGUAUUCUAUUGUGGAGCACCAGCGCCAGUCAAAGAGUUGAAACAACUUGCUUCUGACUUUUCUCACAAGACAUCUACAAAAUUUGACUUUCAUAAGGAGAAUUUCUAACUUUAUUAGACAAUAUAAAUGUCAAUAAAUAAAAUGUGUUUGGACUUCAUAUA